AUGGCUAUGGGACAAUCCUUCAUCGCCGAAACCUCGUUCGUCCGAGCACCCUUAAACUCGCGAGUGGUAUCGAACCAAGCAGCACCGAAGCUCAAGGGCAAGGGGAAAGCAAAACAGGAGGACCUAGGUCACAUCCCGCUGGAAAUACAAGAGUCAUUCAUAUUGGAGGACUUGCUAUAUGUACUGAUGGGUAUCGAAUCGACAUAUAUUACAUUCCACACCGACCACACCGUCGAGGAUAACGAUCCUCUUAGGGGCAUACGAUUCGCGGUGUCUCCGUCCCUAGAUCCAUCCUUGCGAGACUUGGUUGAACGUAUACUACCACUUGGGACUUAUUAUACCGCUAUAUCAGCGUUUGUGGAAGAUCGAAGCCAUUUGGAUUUUGGACUGGUCAACCACGCAUUAUGUGCCGCGAUACGCGAUAUGCUGAAGGAUUACCAAACACUUCUCUCUCAACUUGAACACGCGUUCAACACGUCUCCCCAGUUUUCUCUCCAAAAACUGUGGUUUUACAUUCAUCCGACGGUCCAUACGCUUUCGCUCAUCUACCAACUUGUGCUUGAAUUCUGCACAGCCGACGACCCCGCUGCUGACUCUUCCUCCUCGUCCUCCGAUGAAUCAUCCGUUGACCCAGAAGAAGAGGCGCGAAAUGAAGCCCUCGGCUUAGGUGGGGCUAAGCUCAAAGCUGUCCUGUCCGAAAUAGAUAAAAAGGGCAUCGGCAACGAUGGCACUUCGAUAUCAGUCAAAGGAGGCGAAGUAUUGAGUAUCAUUUACGAUCGGAUGAGGAAUAUGUCAGGAGAUCCAACAGCACUCUCGGUGUACGGAACGUUGCUUCAAGCAGCUGGAAAACCCUACAUAUCCAUGCUGAGAGUGUGGGUUACGACUGGCCGUUUGGCAGACCCCUACGAGGAACUGCUAGUCAAAGAAAGUAAGUUCAUUAAUCGCGGCAUUCUCGAGUCGGACUAUACGGAUGAAUACUGGGAACGCCGCUACACAUUGCGCGAUGGAUCUACGUUGAAUACAAAACGCCAGCAAGCCGGAGUACCUCCACCUCGGACACUUGGCGGACGAUUGCCUGGAGGAGCAUGCAUUCCCCCUCUCCUUGAAGGGUGGAAACAUAAAAUCCUUCUUGCUGGCAAGUAUCUCAACGUCAUACGCGAAUGUGGCAUCGAGAUCAGCCGGAACACCUCUCAAACAGACGUUGACGAUGUGUCAAUGGAGGAUGAGAGUUUCUAUCAGUUCCUGCAGGAUGCCUACGCCCAUGCGAAUCAAACUCUGCUUCAGCUGCUGGUGAAGGACCUGGAACUUAUCCCUCGUCUCCGCUCGCUCAAGCGGUACUUUUUCCUGUCUCAAUCCUCAUUCCUUACGCAACUCCUCGACCUAGCCCACUCGGAGUUGCGCAAGUCUGCCAAAUCCGUGUCGAUUGUGAAGCUGCAAAGCUUGCUCGAUAUUGCGUUGGGCGCGGAAACGCAGGGCGAGGAUGCCUUGUACAGGGAAGACGUGAAGGUCAUCAUGGCAGGGAGUGGGUUAUAUGAGUGGUUAAUCAAGGUCGUUAGUGUUAACGGGUCCAUUGGCCCGGAGGAAGGAGAGGGUGGAAUAGGCGGUAUACCCCUAGAUGAUCAUAAGAAGGAGAAGGAUAGGGAUAAAGACGAGAAGAAACCGAUGCAAGCGAUUGAUGCCCUUGCGCUCGAUUACAACGUCAAAUUCCCUCUAUCUUUGGUUGUCUCACGCAAAACCAUCCUCCGAUACCAACUUCUCUUCCGUUUCUUGUUCCAUCUCAAGCACCUUGAGCAAGCAUUAUCAUCUAUGUGGAUAGAACAGAAGACUGGUCCUUGGCGCCGCCCUUUGCCCGAGCAUCGCGAUUUCGAGCAAUGGCGACUACGCGUCUUUCUUUUGCGAGCCCGGAUGCUGUCGUUUGUUCAGCAGAUUAUGUGCUUCGCGACCUUCGAAGUCUUGGAGCCGAAUUGGCGCGCCUUGGAGGAGAAGCUCAAGAAAGUAACAACGGUGGAUCAGCUACUGCGAGACCACGUCGAUUUCCUGGAUACAUGCCUGAAAGAGUGCAUGUUGACAAGUUCCAAGUUGCUCCGAGCUUACUCUAAACUCAUACUAACGUGUUCUACGUUCGUCUUGUACACCUCGUCGUUCACGAAGUCGGCCAACCAAGCUAUCGCGGAUAUAGAAGCAGGAGAUGGUGAUCGGGGGAUGGCCAAACGAUGGGAUGUUCUCGGAAAAUUCGAAGCUAAUUUCGAUUGUUGGUUUAAGGUUCACCUCGACUGCGUCCAGUUCUAUGCUUCUAGCGAGAACGUGUCGCUCCUUCCGCUCGUCGUUCGCCUCAACAGCAUUAAAGCACAAAGUUGA